GAAGACAUCGUAUACCAAGUAUUCGAGUUGCUGCGAGUGGACGUCGUGUAUACCAGUGUGCGGCCCGAGGACGCGACCCUAUGUCGUCAAGCGCUUGCUCGGUCGGCUCGGUCCUGCAAGGCUUUCGCUUCUCCAGCACUAACAAUCCUAUGGAGAUCUCUGCCCAGCGACCAGCCUUUACUUGAGCUACUGUAUAUCCUUGGCAUUGUGGAGAGCUCAUCCGACUACGCUCCCACAGCGUACAACACCGGCAUCGGUCUCAGCGAUACGCCUAUCAAUCUUCCUGUCUUGAGCGUCCAGGAGAAUGUAAGAGCACACCCUCAGUGGCAACAUUUCUUGCGGCAUGCUUCCCAUGUUCGUCAGAUCAGAUUAGACCCCUUCAGGUCGUCCGCGGGCUCAGCUAUCUGGCCAGAGAUAGCGUUCUCCAUGGACGGUAUCCCGAUAUUACCUCGACUCACCUCGGUCUACGUGACUUCCAUAUUCUCACCAUUGCGUGGCCGUGUCCUCUCUUGCCACAAUCUUGGAUGCCUUGCUCUCAUCCAUCCAUCCAUACGGGGGCUCCGGCUGCGACUAUCCAGAAAGGGCAAGGUCGAUGAGGCACUCCACCGCAUCAUGUCUCAUAUUGCUGCCACGGCCCAGAGCCUGGAAUACUUCCGCAGCAUGUACUCUCCCGCGCAUCUUGGCAAUCCAGGACUUCUAACCCACUUUACCCGUAUACGCCACGUGACGAUCGAUGGCGAUAUCCAUCCCAGCGACCUGCGAGAUGUGGCUAAACUCUCUGGUCUUAGACGUCUGUCCAUCCCUCUUUACACGUCGCUGUCCAGUGAGCGUCUCGUCUCGUCUUCCAUAACGGAUCUCCAUGUGGAGGAUCCUUGGAACGUGCUUGGUGGUUUCUUGGAACGCGCGCACGUUCCCCAGCUGCGGUCACUCCAUAUCAUCACAGAGAGUUCCGCGAAGUCACCACUUGGGGCAGACGCCUCUCAGCUCCUUCACAUCGUGGCUACCGUGUUCACGACGCUGGAGAUACUGUCCAUCGAGUGGAAAGAUGACUGUGCACGACGCGUGGACGCCCCCAUCCGCGCGCCGUACAGUGCAGGGCGGCUGGCGGACAUCACGGAGCCCCUUCUACCUCUGCGCGCCCUCCGCGAGGUGUCGCUGGACUUUAGGGGCUACGACCUCGAAUACACGUCCCGAGACGUGCAAGCGCUCUCUGAGGCCUGGCCUAGCUUGGAGGAGCUCCGUCUGAACUUCCGAACGGCCAUUGGACCCCGCUCCGGGAUAGAGUCGCUUACCCACUUGGCACACAAUUGUCCGCACCUACGCAUCCUGGAUCUGCCAGGGAUGGAUGCCGCAGACGACGCACUUGCCGCGGCCUGGACUCCUGCGGCCUCGCAUCCGAAUCUGUACGGGCUUGUCAUUGAGCGCGUGGUCUUCCAAGGGAUGGACGAAGCCAAGAUGUGGCAGUUCAUCGCGCGACAGUUCCCGAAGGCCGCUCGACGCGCCACGGUCGGCCCGAAGAACUAUUGA